CACAGGUACUAAAACUUAAACUCCUCGGGGGAGGGGCUAAACUCCUCGGGGGGGAGGGGCACGCGCCCCCAGCCAUAGGCCACAACCGCCCCCACGACGGCCAGCCAGAUCAUGCCCGCGGCCGGCACCGCCGCAGCAGAUGAGCUGAGGUGCUCGCGCGCCAGCACGGCCGCGAGCGUCGGGCUCUUGACGAGCGUCUCGAUGGCCACGGUGCGCGGCGCCGCUCCUCUCAAACCCGACGUCUUUGCGAGCGCGAGGGCGAGAGCUGCGGCGAGGAGAGGCAUCGCGACCACGCCGACGUGCGCGCGCCACGACGACACGCCGUACGCCGCCGCCGCGCCGCCGGCGACGAGGAGUGAGGUGGAGACGAUGCCCGCCGGCGCGCAUAAAGGUUUCAAACGCUUCGCGACGCGCGGAAAAAGCGCCGCGGUCAGGACGCCGGCACCGAGCGGCGCGAGAACGAGGCUCGCCGUCGACGCGAGGAUCGCUCCGCCGUCGACGGCGAUGGUCGACCGCAGGAGCCGCGACGCGAGGAACGGCGUGGCCACGCACCCGAGGAGCGUCGUCGACGUCGUGAGCACGACGCUCAGCGCCGCGUCGCCGCCGCCCAGCAACGCGCAGAGGUUCGACGCCUGGCCGCCGCUCACGCAGCCGAGGAGGAGGAGUCCCGCCCGGGCGUCUGAUUCUAGUCGCAGCGCAGUCGCGCAGGCUAUUGAGGCCAGAGGCGCGACCGCGAAGCAGCACACCGCAUUCAUGAGGAGCGCCCGCGGGGAUUUAGCUGCUCGUUUCAGGUCCUUCGGUGUUAAUGUCAGGCCCAUGGACACCAUGAGCAGGGCCAGGCCGCGCCGGAACGCGGCUUUCGUCCCGAGCGUGGCGGCGACGCUCUGGGGCGCCGCGCGGCCGAGGGCCGCCGCGGCGACGGUCAGGACCGGGAAGGUCAGGGCGACGCGAUUCGUAUGUGCGUCGUCUGGUGCUGGCGUGGUGACGGCGCGGUGCCUGAUCCGCAGCGGUCGCGUCGGCGGCGCGCGGAGCGCUUGCGUUUGUGCUGCGAGGAGCAGGAGGAGGCGUAGCAUCGUGUUGCCGGAGACCUUCCUUCAGCCAGGUCAGUCACGCCUCGUCGUGCGCGAUGGCCGGUGCCAGUGCCAGACUCCUGCACUAUCUGUGCUCUGCAAAGCGCGCGUCUGCGUGAUAACUGCGCGGCAGCACAAUUUCCAGUCGUUCCGUAGAGUGCGGCGCUGCUCUCAAAUCCAGCCGUUCGGGUGCUGCGCGGUGGAGUAGGCGAUUUAGUCACGCUGCUCUCGCAGACCUCACGGAGAGGAGUCGCGGCAAGCGAGCGCUGGGCAAGCGCCAGCGUCGCAGGACUCAACAGGGCGUCGCACGACUGCAAAAAAGGAGCGCUGCUCGAUCCAGAACCCACGGCACGCCGCCGCGGCAGCACUGACAACCUC